AUGCAACUACUCAUCGAGCCAUGUUCCCAUUGCUUCGCAGACACGGAGAGGCUGUACACGGUGUCUUACCAGCAGAUAUGCGACCGCUACGGGAAAGAGUACACGUGGGAGGUGAAGUGCGCGGUGAUGGGCAAGAGGUCGCUGGACGCGAACAAGAUCAUCGCUGAGUCCCUGGAGCUGCCCCUCUCUCCGGAGGAGCUAAUCACGGAGAGCCGCAAGAUACAAGAGAAGAUCUUCCCUUCCGCCGCUCUCAUGCCAGGUGCCGAGAAGCUGGUGAAGCACCUGCACGCACACAAGGUGCCCAGGUUCGGCCGUGCCGCUACCAGCUCGUGGGUUCCGGGUUUGCUGGCACCCUGUCUGGACCUAAAGACCAGUCGCCAUGGGGACUUCUUCCACCUCUUCAGCCACGUCGUCACGGGCGACGACCCCGAGGUCAAGAAGGGCAAGCCCGAGCCCGACUCCUUUCUGGUGUGUGCCAGACGCUUUAGCCCCGCCCCUAAACCUGAACAGGAUGCUGUGAACGGGGUGGCGGCGGGCGUGGCAGCCAGGAUGCAGGUCGUCAUGGUACCCGACGAGCGUAGGGAGACUGCCCUUACCCAGAAGGCAACGCUGGUCCUGCGCAGCCUGGAGGACUUCAAGCCAGAGCUGUUUGGCCUUCCUGCUUUCGGCUCCUGA